GAGAGAGAGAGAGAGAGGCUGCAGCCUGUUUUAGGUGACGCAAGAUCCGGAGAUGAGGGCCAUACGAGUGCAGUAGUUGAGGCGCCACGUCCGCAGAACCAACAAGAUAAACCGUAUACUUUUUUUGGGGAAAAGUUUGAAGCCUCGCAAGUACGAUUAUACUUGUGUUGAAAUACAGGGCAAUACGUUAUUAGUGAAGUAUAGCUUUGAAUAGAUCUGUUUGAACAAAAGUAAGAACUCGGAGGCGGAACAUUGCGAUAGUAUUUUCAGGGAGACAAACGAGCGCACCAGUUAUUCUUUGUCCCAGGUGCGUUUUUUUGAAGACGUAGCAUUCCCUUCUGCAAGCGGCCAUCGGAAAGUACUGGAAACAUGGUGAAGGUAAGGAUUUGUCUUGCCUUUUAUAUCGAUUUCAUUUUCACAAUGCAUUCCUGUGUUUCGACAAGUAAAGUGAUACUGCAUAUAGAUUUGGGUAUGAUAAAACCAUUGCGCACGAACGAAAUGCACAACCGAAUUGAUUAGAUCCAGAGUGACGCACAGAUAGUCGUUUUACACAACAGGCUAAAUAACCCAAAAUACAUGUUGUAAAAACGAAAUAUAUUGGCCAAAUUAUUGACGUUUUGCCUUUCGUUAUCCACGUUUCAUGAGUGUUAUUCGUACAACGUACGUAGCCCAAACAGAGAAGAGGUUUCACGACGGGGUUACUUUUUAAGACCCUUGUUUUUAAAAACCUGUAGCCUUGGCUCUGUCGUCUUAUUGUGAUUUUUCUUUGACGAACAAAAUGGCAUUUGAAUCUACACGAAGCAACCAAUGAUUGUAGCCUAUGGUUUUGCAACACGAAGAGCAAGAUAACUUUAAUGAUCAAUAAUCACAGGUUUUGAACGUUGUUUGUGCUUGACAGGCCGCGUCAAAUUGCACGUUUUGCGGAAGAAAUCCCCAAUAAUAGCCUUUCUAAUAUGCUGUUACUUAACCUACUUAUGCCUGUAGCACGUUUUUCUUCAUGGCUGCUCAGUAGGCCUAUAGGUUAAAGCCUGAACGCUCCCCCAACGUGGCAGCGAACAUUUUGGAUCAGAAAUUAAUUUCAAAGUGAGUUUGAUGGUACUCGUUUGACUUUGCCUGCAGAGAUGUUGCCUAAUACCUAUAGGGCUAGUGGUGGUUUAACAACGUGUAAGAUAUGCUACUUGUAUGAACUUAUUAAAUAAGAUAUAUUCUAUAGGCUAAUCUAUAUCUUUUAUUUUUUAUUUUUUUCUGUGUCAGAACGUGAACGCCACCCCAGAGCCUCAGCCUGAAGGUUGUCUCAUGGGAGAAGAACCUGAGCCCACUGAAAACGACCCCACAGCAGGUAACCAGGCACACAAGAAUACAUUAACAGUGCACUCGGCAUUGCGCAGUCUCUCUGCUGCAUCACUCUUGGUGGGCAUUUUUAAAGUGCCAGUUUGUCAAGGGACCCUUUAAUCAUCUGGGAUAUGGUGCAAUCCAGGGUAAAGGGUUGCUUGGUGCUAUUUAAGCAACUUUAGAGAUGUAUCAAGGGAAUAUGUUUGUGCAAGAGGAAGGGUAAGGGUUGUACUGCAUGUCAGUCUGUCUCUGUCUUGUGGAGAGAUUUCUCAAUAAGUGCGUUAUGUAGAAUACCUCAAAGUAUUGACAUUUGUUACUAUUGUUUAACGAUAUGAUUCAAUGUGUGUAGGUAUGAGCCUAUAUCCAAGCACAAAACCUGUUUUCUCUCUGGUCUCUUACUCUCUGGUAGUGCUCUGUCUCACAAACAUGACAUGGUUUUCGCUCUUCCUUGCGCUCUGGUCUGUCUCUUUUUGAAACUGUACUGAGGUGUUUUGUGUGUCGUCUUUCUAAAAGCUAUCUCUCUUCUAGAUGAGGCGAAGGAUGAAGGGAAGGAGCACCCCGUGGCCCAGCCAGGCAUGAUCUGGCGGGUCGGGGGUGGCCUGUUCAGCGCCAGUAAAACGAUGGUGGGCGCCACAGUAGGAGGAGUCGCCUGGCUGGGUGGGAAGAGUCUGGAGUACACCAAAUCAGCGGUCACCUCUGUCCCCUCGAUGGGCGUCGGCCUGGUGAAAGGGGUUGCCGGGGGCGUGUCAUCAGUUGCCGGGGGCGUGUCAUCGGUGGGUUCCACUGUAGCCAGCAAAGUUCCGUUCAGAUCCAAGACUAAGGACAAGGCAGAGUGAGGAAGAGGAGAAGAUGAUGAUGAUGAUGGACACAACACACAAUGCAUCGCCCCCCCUGACUGAGCCAUAAGAGGAUGUGGUGAGAGAUGAGACGAGAAGCUAGUCGCAGUGUUUUCAAAGUUCAGUGGACAUUUAUUUUUCUUCUGUUAGUUUGUACAGGACAUUCACUAAGUUGUACCUGGGGAAACUUGUUCAGUAGUGCCUUCUGUAACCUCCCCCUUUUCCUUUUUGUUUAUUCUGUUAGUCUGUAACCGCGUUUCCAUCCAUAGUUUUUAUGCAAGUAAAGUCAUACCGUAUAAAAAAAAAAAAUCACGACAGCUGUGAUGGAAACAGGUAAUUUUGGUAAUUUGCUAUUUAACGCAACAGUUUUUGACAACUAUAGGUUGAGUUGAAAAUGCGAUGGAAACAUAUUGAACUUGAGAUUUUUAUUCGGUACAUGAAAA